UGUCUCGACGCCCGCCGCGCGCGAGCGCGCGGUUUGUUGCGUUACCAUGGAGCUCGGGGCGCCGCGGGAACGCGGCUUGUCACCCCGGCAGCCCGGGAGGACCAAACCCCACCUAGGUGGCGGCGGCGAGAGCGGCUGCGAUGGUGUCCAACCCGGUGCACGGCCUGCCCUUUCUCCCGGGCACGUCCUUUAAGGACUCCACGAAAACAGCAUUUCACAGAAGCCAGACGCUAGGCUACAGGAAUGGCUAUGCAGUUGUUCGACGUCCAACAGUCGGGAUAGGCGGGGAACGGCUCCCGGUCAACCAGCUGUCCCAGGCCCAGCUGGACGAGCUGGCCAACAAGGCCCCGAUCCUCAUGUACGGCCAGCCCCGGCAGGCCCCGCCCGCAGAGUUCGUUCCUGCACAUGUGGCUUUCGACAAAAAGGUGCUGAAGUUUGAUGCCUAUUUCCAAGAAGAUGUUCCGAUGUCAGCGGAGGAACAUUACAGGAUCCGUCAGGUGAACAUUCACUACUACCUGGAGGACGACAGCAUGUCUGUCAUAGAGCCCGUCGUGGAGAACUCCGGGAUCCCUCAGGGCAAGUUAGUCAGACGCCAGCGGCUGGCCAAGAACGACCGCGGAGACCAUUACCACUGGAAAGACCUAAACCGCGGAAUGAACAUCACGAUUUACGGCAGAACCUUCCGCAUCGUCGACUGUGACAAAUUCACACAGGUAUUUUUGGAAAGUCAAGGAAUUGAAUUAAAUCCACCAGAAAAGAUGGCUCUCGACCCUUACACUGAACUCCGGAAACAGCCUCUUCGUAAGUACGUGACCCCCUCGGACUUUGAUCAACUCAAGCAGUUUCUCACCUUUGACAAACAAGUUCUUCGGUUCUACGCCAUCUGGGAUGACACCGACAGCAUGUUUGGUGAAUGUCGGAACUACAUCAUUCAUUACUAUCUCAUGGAUGACACGGUGGAAAUUCGCGAGGUCCAUGAACGGAACAAUGGGCGCGAUCCCUUCCCGCUCCUGAUGUACCGCCAGCGCAUGCCCAAGGUUUUGGUGGAGAAUGCAAAGAGCUUCCCUCAGUGUGUGCUGGAAAUCUCUGAUCAAGAGGUGUUGGAAUGGUUCACGGCCAAAGACUUCAUUGUCGGGAAGCCACUCACGAUCCUCGGGAGAACUUUCUUCAUUUAUGAUUGCGACCCAUUCACCCGCCAGUAUUACAGAGAGAAGUUUGGCAUCUCCGAUCUCCCGCGGAUUGACGUGAGCAAGAAGGAACCGCCUCCUGUGAAGCAGGAAUUACCUCCCUAUAAUGGUUACGGACUAGUUGAAGACUCUGCUCAGAAUUGCUUUGCACUCAUUCCAAAAGCUCCCAAAAAAGAUGUUAUGAAAAUGCUGAUGAAUGAUAACAAGGUGCUUCGUUAUUUGGCUGCACUGGAAUCCCCCAUCCCAGAAGAUAGAGACCGCCGAUUUGUCUUCUCUUAUUUUCUAGCCACGGACAUGAUCAGUAUCUUUGAGCCUCCUGUUCGCAAUUCUGGUAUCAUUGGGGGCAAGUACCUUGGCAGAACUAAAGUUGUCAAACCAGGCUCCUCUGCGGAAAACCCCGUCUACUACGGCCCCAGCGACUUCUUCAUUGGGGCUGUGGUUGAAGUGUUCGGCCACCGGUUCGUCAUCCUUGAUGCAGACGACUAUGUUUUGAAAUACAUGGAGAGCAACGCUGCCCAGUACUCGCCGGAGGCACUCCUGUCGGUGCAGAGCCGCGUUCGGAAGCGGGAAGCUCCUGCCCCGGAACUGGGAAACCAGCAAACGGAAGAGGACCCAGGCGUGCAGGCCCUGGAGAUGCUGAUAGACACGAUCCAGAAGCAACGGAAAGAUGUCCCGUGCAGGGACAACAUCCCUGAGGCCUUCCAGGUUUACGACAAGGAGGCCUCGGGACUCGUGGACAGGGAGACAUUCUUCAAAGUCUGCGACUCCUUGCAGCUCCCAGUUGAUGACUCCUUGAUCAAGGAGCUCAUCAGGAUGUGUUCUCACGGAGAAGACAAGAUCGACUACUACAACUUUGUCCGCGCUUUCUCAAACUGACCCACCGGGGAGAGGAUGCAACACGGCCUUUGGAGGUUGGGCCUGCGUAUACCUUGUACUCUUGACAGAGCUCUUAAAAUAUUUCUUUUCUGGUUCUUCUAUUUCGCCACCACUAAUACUAUUGAAUCCUAAAUUAAAUUGGCUCUCUCAGGA